UCAACAACAUCCCAUCCUGGAGGGACGCUCAUCACAGCUGAAAGUGGGAAUCAAUUUGAGACGUGGCAUCAUUUAAACUACUCCAAAGUCACAAACACCAGAAGAGAAAAAUGAAGAUGAGACAUUUUGAAAUGGUCACCAUGCUGCUGGCAGCCAUGAUUCUAAUGGACAUCUUCCAGGUAAAGGCAGAAAUGUUAGACAUGGCUGAGGAUGCAUUUGACGACGAAUACCAGAAAUGCAGCAACAGGAUGGAGAUGAAGUAUGUUCCCCAGCUGCUCAGUGAGGAACUGGCAAACCUUCAGCUCCUAGAGACUGUGUGGGAAAAUGCGAAAAUCAAGUGGGAGGCUCGGAAGGCUGGGAUUUCUCUCCCCUUGAACUUUAAGGAUAACUAUGGAGUGGCCCUGAUGGCCUAUGUUUCAGAGGCUCAAGAGCAGACUCCCUUUUACCACAUGUUCAACCAAGCUGUGAAGACAACUGGCCAAUCCCGAAAAGAUUAUAUCUACGACUUUCAGUUCAAAGCUUUUCAUUUUUACCUGGUAAGAGGCCUGCAGGUACUGAGAAGACCUUGUGAGGAGAGUUACAAAAGUGCGGUCUAUAGCACAAGUCAAGACAUUUCAUUUGCAUUUGGAGGGAUAAACAGAGUCAGGCUUGGCAGUUUCACUCUGGCAUAUUCAACCAAACCUCCAGCAACUGACCAACAGUACACUGUGCUGACUAUCUACCCCUGCUUUGGAGUGCCCGUGGAAAAGUUUUUUGGUACACAAAGUAAAAGAAUUGUUUUAAUACCUCUGAGUGAGAUUUUUCAAGUGUCGCCGGAAGGAGCUGGCAAUGACCUUGUCCUUCAAAGCACAAACAAGACCUGCAGCCACUAUGAGUGUGCGUUCCUAGGGGGACUAAAAAGUGAAAAUUGUGUUGAGAACCCAGAACAUCUUCAACCCAUGUAUAUCUACAACCCUGAUGAGGAAAACCAGAAGCUUGAAGAUUCUGGUAUGAAACGCCUUGAAUCCACUGAGGUGCCUGAAGACAAAAGCCAAGGAAAUGUCUACAGUCAGACUCCAGGUCCGGCUCCAGGUCCAGCUCCUGUUCCAGGUCCCAAAACCCAUCCUUCUGCAUCCUCUGGCAGAAUGCUCCUUCCAACAGUUGGGACCUUCUUCAUUCUAAUCAGUGCUUCUGCUGUGAACAUUCUCAUUGCUCUGUCACUGGAAACAUCUUAAUCUUUACUUGGAAUAUGCUAUGGUCAUCCCACAGAAGAUAAAAAGGAAUGGUGUAUUUUUUUCACCUGGACAUAGUCACUGUAUAAAAUAAGAACUGUAUAUUUGUUAUUUUAAAGAUUAAAAAGCUGGUCCAGAUAUAGUGCCACAGAAUUAAACUUUUCAUUCAUUUCUGUAUUAGUCUUAUGAUUGCAAAAAUCCAAAGCUGUAUACUUUUGAUUGGAUUUGAUAAAACUUCUAAGUUUAUUAAAUAUUUUUCUGCAGAAUUGUCAAAUAAAAUGUCCAUUACUAA